AUGAGAGAUGGAUACAAGUCAUCUGGACAUGUGAAUUUCGAUAGGGAAGAGCUUUAUGAGUCCGAAGAAGAUAGGAAAGCACUUCUUGAGAUGCCUGAAACAAAAAGAGAAGAGAUACUUUACAGGAGGCAUGUGGAGCUGCAGAAAUUCAAAGAAAAGAAGGAGUUGGAAGAGAAAACACAAGGGUUGAAAAGGAAGGUGCCUUCUGCAGAUAAGAAGAGUACUUCUGAUAUAGAUGACUUUUCAGAAUUUUCCUUAUGCAUAGUGAAUAGGGAUAUGAUUGCAAGGAAUGUGUUCAAGCCAUUUUUCGACGAGUUUGUUGGACAUUUCACAAGAGCAAGAAUUAAUGGACUGUAUCUUGUUGUCAAGAUAGUUGGGGUAAGUAAAGGAGAAGUUUACAGCCUCCGGAUUGACAGAAAAGAAGUUAAAACAAACAGAUACUUGGAGAUAUCUACAGGGACCAGAACAUACAAGAACUUUAGAAUAGAGAACAUAAGCAAUUCUCCUCUACUCAGAGAGGAGUACGAAGAUGUGUGGAGAUCCUUCAAGAUUGGGCCGAUGUCUAAGGUUAAAGAGGGAUACGAAAAACUUGUGAAGACAAUGAAUAGGGCGUUGAGUGAUGAGGAAAUAAGCAAGAUGGUUACCUGCAAAGACGAAGUGUAUCCAAAGAGAAGAGGUGUUACACACCUUAAGAUAGAAUUAAUCCAGAAGAGAGAUAGAGCCAUAGAAGUUAAAGACAAGAAGAUGGCGAUAGAGUAUCAGAAGAUGAUUGAAGAGAUUGAGGACAGAGAAAGAACUCGAGAGGAGGAUGUAAAUGAAAGGCACUAA